AUGAGAGCGGCUGGACACAGAUCUGUUCGUUUCGAUAUUAUGGAUGCUGAACAACGACCCGGCACCAAUUUUAUGGACCUGCAAACUGACGCUGGCUUUGCGCUCGCAAUCCUUUCUAUCUUGAAAUGCCACAAGGCAUUGGUUCACUUCGGCAUCAAAUGCAGCUCGUUCUGUGUGCUGAACAUGGGAACGUCCAAACGCUCGGCAUGCAACUCCAUUGGUUACACAGGGCAUGAAAGUGUAGCUUAUGCGAACAAGCUGCUAGAGAGGACAACUCUCCUGGUGAUGCUGUGCACCGCGAUGGAUGCCUGUUGGACAUUGGAGCAACCGGCUGGUAGCUUCCUUGAGUACUACCCAUGCUGGCGGUCUCUAAUGUUGGCUAUUCGGGGUGUCGGCGGCCCCUACGCAGUUUCCACUGUCCGCUUCUGGAUGGGCAACUAUGGGUCCAAAACUCCAAAGAGACAUUAUCUUGUCUCCAACACGACAGUGGCCUACUUGCUGGACCGAGGGCGCUUGAAGUGGGCCAUGCGCAAGGGUAUGUGUACCACUAAAACCGUCGAGAGGGCUAGGGACCAGAAAGGCCGGGUCAGGUACUGGGGCAACAAGAACCUCCGACAGACCCAGCUCCUUGCCUUUGACAAUAAACAUGAUAUAUUCAAGUUUGAAGUAGCGAACCCCGACAGUCCAAAGAUUACCCAGAAAGGUUAUGUGACCAUCUCCUAUAUAACCUCGUGA